GGGCAGGGAGUGGGUGGGGGGGUCGCGGGCAGGGUGGGGGCUCCAUCCACCCGCGGGGAGACCUCGAGGGCGCCGAGAUCAGCGGGGGUUUCGGGUCCGCUCUGCUUUGUCCCGCCAUGGCUUUCAGCCAGCUGGAAUUCAAGGAGCUGGGAGAGGAGGAGCCCACCUGGGAGCAGGAGAACCUGGAGAGCCUGAAGGCGCUGGCGGCCAAGCUGAAGCUGCAGACGCGCAGACCCUCGUACCUGGAGUGGGAGGCGCGGGUGAGGGGGCAGCGCUGGGGCACCCCCGGGGGCACCCCCGGGGCACAGCAGAGCCCCGAGUCCCCCCGGGAGCAGCAGCCUGGUGGCGUUUGUGGCUUUGCCACCCUGGAGGCGGCUCUGGAGUGGCUCAGGACGGAGCUGCGGGAGAUGCAGGCCCUGGACCAGCGGCUGGCGCAGCAGCUGAUGCGGCUGCGGGCGCGGCUGCACCGGCUGAAGGUGGAGCAAGCCUGCCACCAGCACAAGGAGAUGCUGGACGACGCCACCUUCGGCCUCGAGGGCUGCGAGGAAGACUCGGAUCUGCUGUGCACCAUCCCGCCCAAGGCCGCCUUCCUGCUCUCCACGCCGCUCAAGCACAUCGGCGUCACCCGCAUGAACAUCAACUCCCGCCGCUUCUCGCUCUGCUGAGCCCGCCCGGGGCGCCGCGGGCCCUCGGGACUCGGGGCAGGUCGUGCUGCCCCCAGGGCGGUGGCACGCUGAGGUGGCAAGGGGGUGUCAUCAUCCCGGAGUGUCACCAACCCCACGGGCACGGGAGUGUCACCAUCACUAAGGGGCACGGGAAUGUCAUCAUCGCCUCCUGGGCAUGGCAAUGUCACAAUCACCCCAUGGACACGGGAGUGUCACCAUCCCCAUGGACAGGGGAAUGUCACCAUCCCCAGGACAGGGGAGUGUCACCAUCCCUAUGGGUACCAGAGUGUCACCAUCCCUUCUGGGCACGGGAAUAUCACCACGUCACCAUGCCCAUUGGCACGGGAGUGUCACCGUCCCCCCAGGGCGUUUUGGGGCCCGGCCCUGGGGGUGUUGGGGUUCAGCCCGGUGGGAAAUGUGGGGUGCAGCCCUCUGAGGUGGAAUAAAAGGGGGUGAGGCUGAGA